AUGUCGCUCAAUGACCAUGAAUUACAGAAAUACCAAAAAUUCCUACUUAAUAGGCAGUCGUCUUAUUCAAAACUCGCCGAAAGUAUUGAAAAUUGCCUAAAAAGUGAGGAUAAGGUGGCAAAACACUUUCUGCAUAAAGUUAUGAUACACAACUGGCAACAUACCUUACACCAAUUAUUCGAAAGAAUGCAUACAUACUUUGGAGUAGCAAUAAUACCUAUAAACUGUUCUACUCAAGGCGACAUUGCUACUUUCUAUACCUCAAGUCUGACCGUAAUAUCAGAAAUAAUUAAGUUUGACUUCAUGUUUCCAUUUUGUCGGACCAUGUACAACAUAGAUAUUCUAUUCUACGAUAAAACAUCUAUAGAUUUCUUUGGAAAAAUGAUUACCGUUGAAGAGGUGGUUAAUAGUGUUGUAAGUCAGAGAUUUAAUGAGUUGUGCGAGUUGGACUUGUCUAACUUCUGUGAUGAUGCAGAAUUUACCAGUAAAAGAAUAUUUUUCUUUAAAAUCUCUCUGCUUGCCAAUUUUAAAAUACUAAUGCUGAGAAUGGGAAGAGACACAAAGAUUUUGAAUUUAAGCCACAAUAACUUAAGUGUAGUACCACUAGAUGUCUUGAACUUCUUCAUAAAGGCAGAUUUAACUGCUGUAAACUUCAGCCACAACAAUAUUCCCUCAAUCGCCGAAUUAUCCAGAGUCAGCAGUAAGAUAGAGAAGCUCUGGCUUGAAGGCAAUCCUUUAUGUGCUGAUUUAGAUCCGGUCACCUAUGUCAAAACAGUUACUAUGAAAUUUCCUAGACUUACUGAACUGGACGGUAUACCGUUAAAUCAAAAUGGUAUAGUGUAUCCAUUCUACAGAAACUAUCUGUGUGUUCCGGACAGGAGAACUAAGAUGUUAGUUGAAAAGUUCGUCACGUUAUAUUUCUCGAACUAUGACCAGCCACCGAAGAUACGGAAGAAAAAGAUUGAACCGCUGUAUGAUGAAAACGCUGUGUUUACGUUGACGUGCGACUUGUCCGAAGCUGAUAAGUUAUACUACCACUACACACAAUGCUCGCGCAAUAUGAUGAACCCUUGCAAACGACCGGUGUACGUGCAGGGAGCUAAGACGUAUACUACUAAACAACACAUCAGCAAUAUCCUAUCGACCUUCCCUGAAACAUUGCAUGAUAGGAGCACUUUUACCGUCGAUGUGCUUGUACAUGAUAAAAAGUCACUACAAAUUGUCAUCGAUGGAAUUUUUAAAGAAAAAUACAGCGGAACAAUGUUUCAAUUCAGAAGGACAUUUAUUUUCACUAUCUAUACUAUUAGAGAUAACUCUGUAUAUCAUAUUACAAAUGACAUGUACUCAAUUACAUAUCCUAGUAAGGAAAUAAUCAGUACAAGCUUUUUGCAUCCAAUAAGAAAUAUGAAUUCUCUAUCACUAAUAAAUCCUACUCCUGAAAAGAGUGAUGCAUUAAUCAACGCAUUUCAACAUCUCACUCAAUUGAGGAAAACUGAAGUUGAAUUGCGCCUAAAAUACCACGGCUGGGAUAUCCGGGAUGCGUUGAAAAGCUUCAUGGUAGAUGCAAAAAGUAAAAAAAUGCCAUCAGAUUUGUUUAUGGAUUCCGAUUUCUCUGACAGUUCGUCGCUAUUGGACGAAGUUGAUUAA